AAUAACCAUGGAAGGGCGCUGGUAGAAAGAGCAACAAGAAGAAGCAGAGAAGUGGACUAGACGACAUGACGACCUCGCCUAAGUCAAAGAUGGUUCAGACAGUGCUCAACUUCGGCUCCUCCCGCACCCAGGACAAGGAUACCCCCCAGAUCAUCAAAAAGGACCCUCAGAGCACCACCAGCCCUGGUGAUACCCUACUCCCUGACAGUGGGAUGGACUACGAGAUGGAGGACGAGAGCAGCAGCAAGCUCGACAGCCAGACCAGCAUUGCAUCAACCGACUGGCCGGCCUCCCAGGUGGGAUCAGAAGUAACACUAGGAAAACCAUCACCAGCUCAGGACGCCAUGCAAAGACGAAAGAUCCUUCGCUGUAUCGCUGGUGAGACAAGUACAUUCUUGCCUGGAAUACUAGAGAUGGCACCCUGGGCACCGCCAAAUGGAUACCUAUACUCUCCUAGUAAAAUUUCACAGCUGAAUCCAAUGUACUGUCCACGCUUCCACAACACGUCCAUCCGUGUGCACAACGCAGACUCACUCGACACUGCCAUUGCUCUAGCGAACUGUGCAAAGUUUGUUACUGUGAGAGAUAAAAAGCCAGUUUGUGUUUUGAACAUGGCGAAUGCAUUCCAUGCUGGAGGAGGGUGGAAGAACGGUGCCUUGGCGCAGGAAGAAACACUCUGCUACCGAACCAGUCUCAGCUUCACGCUUAAGCUACGAUAUUAUCCUCUUAAGGACCUACAGGCAAUAUACUCGCCUACAGUGCUCGUUAUACGCAGGAGUAUAGAUGAUGGACAUGGCCUUUUAUCACUGAAUAAACCCGAGAAGCUGCCCGUUGUGAGCGUCGUUAGCAUAGCGGCGAUAUGUGAGCCCGAGUUAGCAACUAAGAAGAUACCGAUUCCCAACUCAUCGGAUAUGCACAUCAAGGAGGUCUUUAAAAAUGUUGCCGAUAGAGACCUGACCAAAGAAAAGAUACGUAUGGCCCUACGCACAGCUGCAUAUAACGGUCAUCGAAGACUAGUGUUGGGUGCGUUGGGCUGCGGGGCAUUUUUAAAUCCGCGUGAGGACGUUGCAGAUUGUUUUGCUGAGGUAUUUAGUGAAGUUGAAUUCAUUGGUGGGUGGUGGGAGAGCGUUAUAUUUGCUGUUAUGGAUGAUCUGGAUGAGGGGGAAGAUGGGGAUGGGAACUACGGUGUCUUUUAUAGAAAGCUUCAUGGUAUGAUGGUAUGA